AAUUUUGGUUCCUGGUGGUAAAUAUUAUUUCUGGGAACACGUGGAUCAUUUCCACAAACGACAUCGGCACGAGGCACGAACGUUGCACAGCAACGUGAAAUUUGUUUUGAAGAUGCUUCUGCAGCCUUAUGCGAAACAUUCGCACUCGACGGAAGCUCAUCAUCAGCACGUUGAGCAUCAAAAAGAGAUGAGUGCAGAAGAAGAGCUGCUGAGACGCAAAGGGUUUUCUUCACUCACCUGCGACUAUUUCAAACUGAAAGACGAGGUCUACGAGCAGGAGUUCGACAGGUUGUCAUGGUUCACCAGACGCUGCUCGCCCUUGUUCGAAGGACUGAAUCACAUUCGGGGCAUUGCGACCAAGUAAAAUAAUUCAGUUCUCCAUGUUCAAAGUUGUAAACUAUCGAUGGUUUCCUUGUGAAAUUUUUUGGUGUAAAUUGAUAGCUUUUGAUUACCUCGAAAAGUCGUUCGAGCUCGACGGAGGCAUUCUGGAUUUUUUUUUCAUAUGUUAUAACUUCUGUGAGCUGGAAACUUGCUUUCUAGCCGGGUCUAUGGGCAAUCGUUCUCGAAUUUUCAAGGGCUGUAAGAUGAUAUUUGCUUCAUCUCCUGUAACAAAAACGUGUACUUUUUUUUAGUAAAUAAAACGUGUUUUGUUUAUGGGUGUAAAA